AACAUACUACCUGUCGACGAAGCAUUGAUAUUGAUCGAAUGCCACAUGUUAUCGCGGGUGCCACGGCUACCAUACACGUCCCAGAUUGCACCCAGGAGUUACUGGUUCUACAUACACAGCCAAAGUUUGUUGAAAUCAACACUGCGCCAAAUUCGUCGAGCCAGGCACAACAUCUUUUACAUCUAGUUUCAAAUGAUGCGCUGUCGCCUUCGGAGUUCACAACUUCGGUUGUGAGAUCAAAUACUCAGGCAUUUUCUAACCCGGUACAGCAGGUACUACAACCAAAACUGGAUGACCAGCUAUCAAAGCCUGAAGAUCUCAGCAUUCCUAAGAAAACAGUUCCUAGUCGGAUUGAACCAUUUACUGUACAUACUGAUACUCCGAAUGAGCUGAGCGAACCAUAUGAAAUUGAUUUCAUAGUCGAUGUACCAACAUUUUCACCAGUACAAUCGCUCGAAAGCCAACACUCAACGUCGCAGAUGUCAUCAACAAUUGAAGGUAAUGAAAAUUGCGGCAAAUGUGACGUUUGGGAAAAUCAAGCGCUGGAGAACAAGAAUACCAUUAAGAAACUUCGUAGAAAAAUCAAGCUGCUCAAAAAGGAAUUAGCCCAAUCAAAUGACCACGCACUGUCUCUUUCACGGGAGCUACAGGAUUUGAAGGAUCGGCAACAAAUUCCUUCGGUCACAUUCACGAUUCAAUCUGAUUUCGACAUCACGCUGGAAGAAAUUAAAAACAUCGAUCGCAAUGCUACCACGGAUAGCCAAUUUAUUUCUAAUUUGGCGAUUCACUUCUUUGGAGUUGACAGAUUGAAAACAAUGAGUGUGACAGGACAACCUACGCCACGAUUCAAAAACAAACUGAACGCAGAUGGUUCGCUUUUGUACCCGGCAAAAGAGCAAAUUGACCCUAAAAUUCUUAAAUUUAUUUUUGAAAAACUUGUUGAACGUGUUGCCAUGCGCCUGGGACCACACAAAAUUCGUGAAAUUGCACACUAUGCCAACGAGAAGCUGGUAAAUAAAAGUAUUGCCCAAAAAAUUUCGAAUCUCAACAAAAUCGAAACUAACCGCGUGCCUUUUGGUAUAAAUAGAAUCGGUAAUGGAAAUCGAAAUUAAACGUAUAAUGCAUUAUGAUUAAUACGACAGUACACAGAAGCGUGUAAUAAUUUGAAUUUGACAUAAGU